AUGCCAACUACAGAUGGAAAAGCAAGUGUGAUGGACCCCGAACCAGGGCAAGUCUGGGUGGAAUUCAUGAAGGAUCAUGAGCAAGGCGUCGUCAAGUCCAAGGAUGAAAAGGACUCUGGAUUGGAUGUCGAAAUCAAAAAGGGACACAAAGACCGAAUCUAUCUUUCCAAGGUGGAACCUCCCGCUUCCGAACGACUGCACGUGGGUGAUCGAUUGGUAGCACUCAAUGGCAAGUCAGUAGAAUCCUUCGGUGGGGAUUUGGACGAGAUUCGAGAAGUCUUGAACCAUUCCAAUGUUAUUGAAAUGAUAGUGGAUCCAACACUAAAGAGGUAG